GGCGGUGCACUCUUCAAUCCACAUCUCAGAGAGUGGAGGAGAAACCAGUCUGCUGCUGCUGCGAUCUGGACAGGCUGCAUUUCUGUGGAUUAUCAGUGUAGAGAGCUGCGACUGCGACAACACGCGCAGAGAUCCAGAUUAAGUGAAAUCAAACUUCCUGAAGUCUCAUCUGCAUAGUCCAUAUGAGCGUGCUAUGCAGCAGCCGUGAGCUGCAGAGCGACUGUGUUUGUGAUUAAAUAAAGAUGUCGGCGGCUGAAAAUGGAGUCAGAGGGCCAAGCAGAGAGAAGACCUAUAAAAAGGCUGAGGAACCCAUUGACAACAUCAUCAACUGCUAUUAAGGGAGCCAUUCAGCUGGGCAUUGCCUACACCGUGGGGAACCUAACUUCCAAACCAGACCGAGAUGUUCUCAUGCAGGACUUUUAUGUGGUGGAGAGCGUCUUUUUCCCCAGCGAGGGGAGCAACCUGACUCCAGCACACCACUACCCUGAUUUCCGGUUCAAAACCUAUGCCCCUUUGGCCUUCCGGUACUUCCGAGAGCUGUUCGGAAUCAAACCAGAUGACUACCUGUACUCGAUCUGCAAGGAGCCGCUGAUCGAGCUGUCCAACCCCGGGGCCAGUGGCUCGCUCUUCUACCUGACUAGCGAUGACGAGUUCAUCAUUAAAACCUUGCAGCACAAGGAGGCUGAGUUUCUUCAGAAACUGCUGCCAGGCUAUUACAUGAACCUCAACCAGAACCCCAGGACUCUCUUGCCAAAGUUCUACGGUCUCUACUGCAUGCAGUCGGGUGGAAUGAACAUCCGUGUAGUGGUUAUGAACAAUGUCCUGCCUCGCUCGUUAAAAAUGCACUACAAAUAUGAUCUCAAAGGUUCUACGUAUAAGCGGCGGGCCUCUCGAAAAGAGCGUGAGAAGUCCUGUCCCACUUACAAAGACCUGGACUUUCAGGACAUGCACGAAGGCUUGUUCUUUGACACAGAGAUGUACAAUGCUCUGAUGAAGACCCUACAGCGCGACUGCCGGGUGUUGGAGAGCUUUAAGAUCAUGGAUUACAGCUUGCUCCUGGGCAUACACGUGCUGGAUACACACAACCACAGAGAAGCAGAUGGAAUUGGAGGAGACAGCAGGCGUCCUGUCGGACAGAGGGUCCUCUACUCCACCGCCAUGGAGUCUAUCCAGGGGGGCGGCAAGGCGGCAGAGGUCGUAACCACAGAUGACACAAUGGGUGGCAUCCCAGCCAGAACGAACAGGGGCGAGAAGCUGCUGAUUUUUCUGGGUAUAAUCGACAUCCUGCAGUCAUACAGGUUUAUCAAGAAGCUGGAGCACUCUUGGAAAGCGCUUGUCUAUGAUGGUGAUACGGUGUCUGUCCACAGGCCGAGCUUCUAUGCAAACAGAUUUCUCAAAUUCAUGAGCACCAGAGUCUUCCGGAAAAUUCAGACGAACCGAUAUUCCCCUUCUAAGAGAGGGCGUCACUCCAUAGUCCCGAUGAAAUCGUCCUCUCAGGAGCUGCUGUCCCCUCAGAGGGAGGAGAGAGCGGAGGACAGGGGUGAAAGACUAGUGACAGCCCGCAGCCUUGCCAGUCUGGAUGGGCAAGCGUUUGCUUCUUAUCGAAGACCCGACUUGGUCCCGGUCACACCCACCUACGGCGAGCCUUCUUCACUGGCCCCAACUAUGUAUGUCAGUGACAGAUACCUGCCUCCCCUACCAAGCUAUCGAUAUCCCAACUCGUACUCGAACUACAGGCUGGAGGACAGCGCCAUCUGUCUGACGUCUGAGCAAAGCACAGUAGACAUGGACCGAGACGACGGUUCAGUGCUGGACGUUUAUUUCUAAGGAGACAUGUGGUGAUGAUGAUCAUCAUCUUUAUCUCCAUGUUUCAUCACACAUUCUCCACACUACUCAUCCAGGAUACACACCAGAAUUUCAUAGAGAUGACUGCUGCUCAUGAAAGACUGGACAUCUGCCAUCAUCGUGGAUGAUAGAAAAGGAAAUGAGAUACUUUACCUUUGCCAUGACGUUACAGCAGGAGAGAGGUGGUGGUUUAUGGCUGCGAAAAGGAGAGUAUGCUGGAGUCUGCAGCCCGGGGCCAAAGUAGUCUACAAUAAUCAAAUAGAGCGUGUGAUUUAUUGUGGAUAAAACACACUUCUCACAGGUCAAAGACUGUUUAGAUCAUUUUUGUAUGUUUGCAUCUUUUUAGCUCUUUUGCACCCAGGCAUCGCACAAACCACAGAUUAUUCACAACGUGACUACUCAAAACUUAUCACCUGGUUUCGAAAACACAAAAGUGUCAUAUAGAGAUGAUUGCUUUUGUUUAUAUCCCUAGCAUAUCUAGUAGACUAGAUUAAAAAGUAGUUCAAUUCUGAAUGUUUAAUUCUUCAUGAAACAAGACAAAGAACUUUCUCAGUGUUUGAGGAAUAAGUUAUAUUCUCAGCUGGAUUUGAAAGACAUGAACUUUGUCCUGUUUUAAUUAUAAAACCAAAAAAUGACUUACAUGUUCACGCCAGGGGUGGUGUUUGAUAAUAAGUCUAAGUUUAAGAUCAGUCCCAGAUUAUGAGCAAAGUCAGGGCUAGUUCAGUUUAAACAUGUAAACUUUGUGAAUUUGUGUGAAGUAGAUGUUUCGAAAAUGAAGGACCUUUAGUAGAUCCACUGUAGCUCCACAAGGAAGGUUUUGUGUCAGGUGGGGAGUGUUUAAUAUCUGUGAGUCUGUUCCGUUAGGAGAUAUAUUUCAUAUUGAAGCAUCCUGUUACAUGCUUUAUAUUAUUUGACAGUGUGCUUCUGUUUUGAGAAACAGACAAAUGUUUAAUGAGUGAAAUGUAUAAAUAUAGUCUUUUAAAUAUCAUUAUUGCACCUUUGUAGAUUAUAAUUUAUGAAACUGCUUUCAAUAAACACUGUAUAUUGUA